AUGUGGAAAGGGUGGUGGAUGGGAGGACUUGAAGACGUUUUAAGGACCACAACGAUUCGGACUGCUCUCUCCGAAGGCAAAUGGACGGAUACGGUAGAUAUCAGCCGAUGCUUCAACGACCAGACAACCGUUACAAAUCUCGUCGUCGAGGUCAGGGACCAGGGCACCGGGAAGAAGGGCUCCGCGCAGAUACGUCAUGACCCAAUGUCUACCGGCUACCAACUCGUUCCCCUCAAGCCAGCCUUCUCCGCCGGAACCCGAAAUCUUCACCUAGCCGCUUUCCAGGACCCAAAUCACUCAGCCUCCGACGGGGAGCUCGAGCUACGGUGUAUAGGAGGGGAACGGAAUUUGAGGCGGCAAACCCUGGCAGAAGCCGUUAGGGUCGGCGACACGAUUAGCAUCAACCUUCCCAGCAACUGGACACAGCAAUGCAACGUCGUGCGGUUAAAGUGGUAUCGUAUCCUCAACAACGGCGUAAAAUCCCGUGAAAGAGUGUUGAUGAUACCUAACGUGGAUGCGACAGCGGGCAGCUCUGGGCUGAACUUUACGCUCCUGUCACCGGCAAAUUAUUCGGCGGUGUAUUCCGUUGGUCAGACGGUGACGAUCAAGACGAAUGUCGAUUUGGACGAUGAUUCGUAUAAUUAUGUGGUCGUCUGCAACGGAAAUGAGCUGAGCCGAUCGGCAAAAGUGGAUCCGUUGACGUUCAUCACCUUCAUCGUAUCACGCCGGAUGCUUGGGCAAUGUGUCCUCUACCUGUACAGCGUUAGGACACGACAAGUUGAUAUGUUGAUGUUCUUCGUCAACGAUCAGUGCUCGGGGAUCUACACUACCCCCUCAAAAUCCGAGAUCAAGCCCGGGCAAUCGAUCACGAUGACGUUGAAUGGAAAACCGAGAGGUUAUGCGAUUGUCAGAACCUUGGACGAGAAGAUUGCAAAGAUUAUGGAGGAAGAACAAAAGCCCCUGCCCAAACUCUGGGAGGGCCUCUUUUUCGCCCGCAACUACCAGGUCGAGGAGCAGCUCCGCAUCUUCAACCUCAUCAAGAACAAGGCUAUCAAGGAGGCGAUCAUUCACAACUGCGCCACCGCCGGGCCAUACUUCAAAAACUCGGACCUUGGCGGUCAGUGUCCACAGGGGAAAGCUUCUACCUCGGCUGUGUCGGAUCUUUGUAUGCAGCAAAUCACGACGAAUUGUCGUUCGAACAUCACUCUACAACGCGUCUGCGACCGGAACGCCAACUGCAGAAACAUCAAGGUUCCAGACGCCAGAACGACAGCAGUUCUGAAAACUCGCCCACUGCCGUACAUGGACGAUUUCGAGCACGUCCCACCGAUUUUGCCCUCUGAUGAGGUGGCAUUUACCCGAUCGUACUUCCCGCAUGUUUGGAUCUUCGACUCGUUUUAUUUGGGAAACACUGGUAUGACGGCCGUGACCCGAGACGCACCUCAUUCGGUCGGUCGUUGGGUGAUCCAAUCGGAAUAUUGGUGGCCCGAGGAAUUCUCGUUUUGUGCGGCGACCACAAAAUUUGUCACUUCCACGAAAGCGUUUUUCUUGGAGGUCGACAUGCCGAAAAACGUGUACGUUAACGAGUCGAUUACGGUCAAGGUGACGGCCACGGGCACGAAUUUGGACCAGGAGCAUAAGCUCUCCGUUUGCCACAGCGAUCUGCCGCGCCAGGUUUGCGCGGAUAUGGGGCAAGAAGGGACGCAUGGGCAGCCGGCGUAUUCAAGGAUUAUUUUGAACAAAGAGAAUCCGGUCGCCAUCAAGACGUUCAAUAUGCGUUUCUUCAAGACCGGCGAAGUGAAGCUGACCUUUAUGCUCAGAACCGAGCUGUUCAUGCCAGGAGAAGUUAGCCGAUGCGAUAAUGGAGAGGUGUUGGACAUUAUUGAGCACAAGAUGAUGGUGGCGAAAAGGGCAGAGACCGAGGAGCACUACCGGAGGCUGAUUCUCUCCGUCGAGAAGCCAGUUAGUGCUGCUCUUAAUGACGCCCUGAACGAGUUGAGGACGGAGCCGAUACGACAUGUUUUUGAAAUCAACGAAUACCGACUCCCACAUGAAAAUGCCAUGGUAGCAGAUGUAAAAUGCCACCUUCCCGACACCACAGCCGUCCACAGCGUGGCCAUCGAAAUUUCGAGAUUCCUCCCGACUACCAUAACCCAAAUCGAGUACAGCAAUGAACUACCGACGAUUGAGAGUGCCAGGAGAAAAAGAGGAAUUGUCGACUACGGUAACGCAUUUCUGAGCGAUGCCGUCAAAAGGUUAUCGGUGGAGCUUUACAAAUUCAAGCUGCUGAAAACGGUGUAUCGUCAAGAUGAUGCGGUGACGUCGUCGCUGGAGAAUAGCAUCGGGGCUUUAAUAGCCGACAUGCUGCGAUUUUCGGACUGUAAUGGACAGGAGAGUUGUGGGUAUUCAGAAUAUGGACGUCCGGUGUCUCCAGUGGAUCGAUCGCCGGUAUUAACAGCAAUUUCCACCUCACUCCUCUGCGAAGCGAUGGCCGACGAGAAUUUGGUCUGUGGCGGGUUACGAUACCUCCACUCGGUGAUGCUAGGAGAUUUUGCCGAAAAUGAGAGCAACAAUUUCAUCAACUUCAAUGGGAUGGCCGAUAUUAAUCCCCGAGAUCGUUCCUGGUUCCUCCGUGGUCUUUUACUACAUAUGUCUUCCGAUUGCGCUGCGUACACUUGCGUAAAAAAUGAUACAGCUUGGAGUCGAUUGUACGAAUAUUUCUACGAUUUUGAAGAGGGAGAUCUUACCGAUACCAGAACCAAAGCCGCCCUAGCUUAUCUAGCAACGAAUGCUACAAACAACGUCUUGCGCCAGACCCUUAACGCGUCGAUUCGAGAGGGCGUUUUCCCAUAUUGGACGGCGGGUGAAAGAAAUGUCAACACCCCGGAUCGACUUCAAAAUGGCCAUCAAGAAUUCUUUAACCUGAAGGGGGUUAAGAGUGGUGACGUCCUGGCAAACGCGCUAGGAAUCUUGGCGUUCGUUGGAAGGGGCGUUGUGGUGCCUUCGAUUCUUGAAUUCGACGCACUCGCCGAUUGGAUUUACGAGCAGAAGAAGGACGAUGAGACCUAUGAGAACGCUUUGGACACCUACUUCGCCUCCCGUGCCCUCUACGAGUACCGCCUUCGAAAAGUGGCCAUCCCGCAGCUAAAUGAAAACCCGGUCCUCGAGGUCUACUCCCGGGAUAUCGGCCGUAAAGUCUAUAACGUGACCGACGUCCCGCUACUUGUUUACCUGCCAAACAAGAUCCGAAACUUCACCAUCACCACCAGGGGCUUUGGAAAGGUGAAGACAGGAAUAAGAAUACUUGCUGACAAGCGCCAACGAAAUCGUCGUCAGUUAACUGAUUCGUUAUACCCUCUAAAAAUUACGGUGGAACAACAGAAGCAAUCCAGGGAUAUCUUGUUGCAAACUGUUUGCAUAAGCACCUUCUCCCCGCUCAUCAGAACCUUUGAAGUUGUUCAUGGCCUUUUCACAGGCUUCUCGACCUACACGGACAAAAUUCAGAUCAAUCCGGAGCACGAGCUUCAAAUCUUGAACCCGCCAACCAUCUCUUCCUACGCGGUGCAUAUGGUCGUUUUUCUGAAUCAAACCCACGUUCCAGCUUGCUACUCGGUCGCGCAAUUUCCGCCAAGCUACGCGCAUGAGCCCGACUCGCUGGCCCCGGUUGAGAUCAGUUGCCGACAUCCGGUGAAUGACAUCGUCGGCCAAACCCUCAUCUCACAUCCAGAUGCCCGCAAUUUCCAGCGAAAAAAGAGAAGCUCAGCGUUGGCUGUGCAUUUGCAUCACAAGGCCUCUAAACGACGAACCAUACGAUCAGCCAUUGACGAGACGAUAGAGUCUGUUUGUUUCACCGGCGACCAAUGCCUAUGCACAGAGAGUACCUGCGUUGUAAACUGUAAUUCUUGCGGUCGCUCGACGCAGUUGACCGUCAAAAAGGAGCUGUGCAAGCAGGGUGCUUUUGGACUAUUUGGGGAGCUUAUCGAGAAGCGACACGAAACGGUGGCUUCUGGAUCUCAGCACGUUGCGUACACUGUUUAUAAAAUGAAGGUAUUGAAGAAAUUGGUGCGGGAUGAGCGGCAGCUACAAUUGAAAGAUAACGUAAUCAACGUCUGGCUUCGUGAUUGCAACAUUGGCUGCCUCAAAUCCACCGAUUUACAAAAAGGCGAAACCUAUUUUUUAAUUGGUGACAUCGCAGACGUGGCUGUCGAUAGUGAUGCGGCUGCGCAUUACAUCCUUCGACUCAACGACCACUUUGAAAAAUCGGCCGAAAAGUGCAUGCACUACCAAAACAUUUUUUGGAGCGGCCCGUUCGACUAUCGGAAAUGCGGGGCGACGAGGAGA